AUGGGUGCGGCACUUGUUUCGUCAGCAGAGACCACUGGAACAUUUUAUGCAGCUGCCCGCCUAUCUGGUGCCACUCCUCCUCCCUGUCAUACGUUGAGCAGAAGUAUAGGGUGGCAGGGUAUAAGCAUGCUUCUUGAUGGUCUAUUUGGUUCUAUUGUUGGUUCAACUGCUUCGGUGGAGAAUGUUGGGCUUCUUGGACUGACACAUGUAGGAAGUAGGAGAGUUGUUCAAGUGUCUACAUCUUUCAUGAUCCUUUUCUCCAUAUUUGGAAAAUUUGAAUCCUUCUUUGCAUCAAUCCCUCUACCAAUAUUUGCUGCCAUAUAUUGCGUUCUGUAUGGAAUAGUUGCUGCCAGUGGGAUUUCCUUCAUUCAAUUUACGAACAAUAAUUCCAUGAGGAAUAUGUACGUUUUGGGGCUGAGUCUUUUCCUUGGAAUAUCGAUACCUUAUUACUUUAUGAGUUACACCAUGACAGCAAAUCAUGGGCCUGUUAACACCGGUGGUGCAUGGAUUCUCAGUUUCGAAGUUAUGACAAAGAGCAGAUUGACGAAGUAAAGAACCGAAUGGGUGCGCCAUGUUGUUCAACAAUUGUAUAAUAGCUAGGUUAUGUUGAAGGAAC